AUGUGCGGAGCGCCCUCUUUCCGCUUGGAGGUGCCACCUUGGGGUCCCCAGCGGAAGGGGCCAGAUGUGGGAGCAUGUGCCCUGGGGAAUUCCAGGGUCUGCCCCAGGUUGGUGAAACUCCGAGGGCGGCCCCGGAUGAAACAACCGCCCGCCCAGGUGGAGCCUCGGCCGGCAUGGCCCGGCCCCCAGCGGCGGGAUAAAGGGCUGCGCGGGCCCGGGUCCGGGCAGCGGGACAGACCCAGUGGGCUGCGCUCAGGUGAGCCUGGCCGGGCCGUGGGGCCUGUCGGUGCGCGCCCUCUGGUGGUCAGCAGCGCUUCUGAAGCCGAGGUUCCCGUCUAUCGGCCUGUGGGCACAUCCCCCAGAAGCUGGAAACGAACCAUGGAGGUCCGAGGAAGCUUCUGGAUCUUGCUGGUUCUGCUGCUACGACCCGAGCCUGGGACAGCCUCUCUGCCCCUCCUCACCGACUCCCUCAUCCAGGCCCUGGCUGCUCUGGAGGAGAAGGCCCCAGUUCCAGAGGCCGGUGGCUCUGCGUCUGUGCAGCCUCUGUGGGGGAAUCCCCAAGACCCCAUCCAUGUUUUCCUGCUGGACAGAAAGAGCCGGGCAGACACGAAGCUUGAGGGGGCUGAGCUGAACCCCGAGCUGCGGACACUGAUCUCCGAGGUGGCCCACCACAGUGUGCAUGGCCAGCAGGAGCUGGGCGUGGUGCUGGCCCCUGACGGUUCCACCGUGGCCGUGGAACCCCUGCUGGCAGGGCUGGUGGCAGGAAAGCAGGGGCGCAGGGCUGUGCCACUCCCCUGGGACACCUGGGACAGCCGGGACACCACCUUCCCGGUCGCAGAAGACACGCACAGCUCCCUGCUGAAUGCCAGUGCCAGGCCGCCGUCCUCUUUGGACAGCCUUCUGGGGGUCACCCUGGCCAGAAACCUGGGCCUGGCCUUCCUCCAGGGACCCCAGAACCGGAGUCGUCCAGGCCUAGGAUCGGACGGCUGCUGGGACCAGCUCUCUGCGCCCCGAAACUUUACGCUCCUGGACCCCGAGGCGUCUCCCCUCACCGUGGCCUUCCUCAACGGCGCUCUGGACGGGCUCAUCCUCGGGGACUACCUGAACCGGACCUCCGAGCCCCAGCCUGCCCUCAGCCACCUACUGAGUCAGUACUAUGGGAAGGGGGUGGCCGGAAACCUCGCUCUCCACAGCAGUUCCCGGAGGCAGAAUGCAGCCCCUCUAGCUGCGACGCCCGUCCUGGCACAGCAGGUGUGGGGGGCCCUGCUUCUGCUCCAGAGGCUGGAACCGGAGCACCCACAGCUGAAGGGCCUGGGGCAGGAGGAGCUGCUGGAGGUGGCCAUGCGUGCUGCCCGGGAGUUCACAGAGUUCUUCCUGGGCUGCCCGGCCAUCCACCCUCGCUGCCGCUGGGGCGCGGCGCCCUACAGGGGCAAGCCCAAGCCGCUGCAGCUGCCGCUCGCAAACCUGUUCGUGCAUCACACGUACAACCCUGGCGCGCCUUGCACCGGCUUCCGGCACUGCGCCCGCGACCUGCGCUCCAUGCAGCUGUUCCACCAGGUCACCCGCGGCUGGGACGACAUCGGCUACAGCUUCGUGGUGGGUUCCGACGGCUACGUGUACGAGGGCCGCGGCUGGCACUGGCUGGGCGCCCACACCCGAGGCCACAACUCCCGGGGCUUUGGCGUGUCCAUCAUCGGCGACUACAGCCACAAACUGCCCUCGGAAAGGGCCCUGCGUGUCCUUAGCCAAGACCUCCCGCGCUGUGCCGUGCGCGCAGGCCUCCUGCGCCCCGACUACGCUCUGCUGGGCCACCGCCAGCUGGUGCCCACCGAGUGCCCAGGGGAAGCUCUGUUCCAGCAGAUUCGCUCCUGGCCACACUUCUCUGAAACCUUGAGACGGUGAAUGCCGCAGAUCUGAGCCGCUGUGACCGAUCCCCGUUGUUCCUUAUCUGAGACCACCCCAGUGACUGCCCGAAGUGCAGGGCUGCAGACAUGGGAUAGGGGACUGGACUCUCCUUCCAGGUGGUCCCAUGCCCAGCACCGCUCCCAGAGGGUUCAGGGAGCCCUGCCAGGAGUGGGCCCU